CCCCAAGCUAAUCCUUCCCUAUAUAUACUCCCCCUCUCCCUCCCUCUCCGUUCCAUUUGGGGUUUUCUCAUCUUUGAGAAAAGGGCGACCUUCACUUGUUAUACACCCACGUAAAAGGAAAAGCGGAUGCAAAAAGGAAAGGUUUUUAUUUCGUUGAUCGGUUUCUUUGAUCCUUUUUGCCUCAUUCUCAAAAAUUCAAUCGGGUUUACAAAGUUCGUCGAUGUCUAAUCGAAUCAUGAGCUUUCAAGGCCGAAAUAGAUCGGGAAACCCUUCACAGACAGCUCGUCAAGAAUGGGUUCCUAGAGGUUCUUCAUCUGCUACCACCACUGUUGUAAGCAGCUCACCAGCCUCCUCUAAUUCAACCCCUAAUGUCAACCAGGCCUCGACUCGAAAUGAUUAUAGAUAUAGACCAACCGGUCGGCCCACUAACCAUAGGAGAGAUAGGGAAAAAGAAAGGAGUGAGAAUCAUGUGGCUGUGAGGAAGGAGAUUGAUCUUAGUUCGCCGCAGCUUGUGCAGGAAAUUCAGGAUAAGCGACCCGUCAACCAUAGGAGGCAAAAAGAAAGGAGUGAGAAUCAUGUGGCUGUGAGGAAGGCAAUUGAUCCUAAUUUACCGCAGCUUGUGCAGGAAAUUCAGGAUAAGCUUAUAAAGAAUAUGGUUGAGUGUAUGAUUUGUUAUGAUAUGGUACGAAGGUCGGUUGCCGUAUGGUCUUGCUCGAGUUGUUAUUCCAUUUUUCACCUCAAUUGUAUUAAGAAAUGGGCGAGGACACCCACUUCUGUUGAUUUGGUGGCUGAGAAGAAUCAGGGUUUUAAUUGGCGUUGCCCGGGCUGUCAGUCUGUGCAGUUCACAUCCUCUGAGGAGAUUCAGUAUGUUUGCUAUUGUGGGAAGAGGGCUGACCCUCCUCCUGAUUUGUACUUGACUCCACAUUCAUGUGGAGAGCCGUGUGGAAAGCCACUUGAGAAGGAGCUGGGACUAGGUUAUGAGGUGAUGAAGGAUGAACUUUGUCCUCAUGUUUGUGUUUUGCAAUGUCACCCUGGUCCGUGUCCCCCCUGUAAGGCAUUUGCUCCGCCGCGAUUGUGCCCUUGUGGGAAGAAAGUUAUUACAACCAGAUGUUCUGAUAGGAAGUCAGUUCUUACUUGUGGUCAGCAGUGUGAUAAACUUCUCGAGUGUGGGCGUCAUCGAUGUGAACGAAUUUGCCAUGUUGGAGCUUGUGAUCCUUGCAAUGUUCUAAUUAAUGCCCCUUGUUUCUGCAAGAAAAAGGUUGAAGUUGUCAUCUGUAGUGACAUGGUUGUCAAGGGAAAAGUGAAAGCAGAAGAUGGUAUUUUUUCUUGUAUUUCAACGUGUGGAAAGAAGCUUAGAUGUGGUAAUCAUUAUUGUGCUGAAACUUGCCAUCCUGGUCCUUGCGGGGAUUGUGAGUUUUUGCCAAACAAGAUAAAGUCUUGUUACUGUGGGAAAACUAGCUUGCAGGAUCAAAGGAAAAGUUGUUUGGACCCAAUUCCAACAUGUUCAGAUAUAUGUGCGAAGUUCCUUCCUUGUCAAGUGCACCGAUGUGACCAAGUAUGUCAUGCUGGGAGUUGUCCACCUUGUUUGGUUCUUGUCACCCAAAAAUGCCUUUGUGGGUUAACAUCUCGGAGAGUGGAAUGCUACAAAACAACACUUGAAAAUGAGAGAUUCAUGUGCGACAAGCCUUGUGGAAGUAAGAAGAAUUGUGGUAGACAUCGAUGUAGUGAGCGAUGUUGCCCUCUAUCAAACUCUAAUAAUCUUCGCCCCGAAGAUUGGGAUCCACACUUUUGCCAAAUGGCAUGUGGAAAGAAGCUGAGGUGUGGACAACAUUCUUGUGAAUCUCUUUGUCAUAGUGGUCAUUGUCCUCCAUGCUUGGAAACAAUCUUUACUGAUUUGACAUGUGCUUGUGGAAGAACUUCAAUCCCUCCUCCAUUGCCUUGUGGUACACCACCACCUUCAUGUCAACUGCCAUGCUCAGUCCCGCUGGCUUGUGGUCAUUCAUCUUCUCACAGCUGCCAUUUUGGAGAUUGUCCACCUUGUUCUGUUCCUGUGGCAAGGGAAUGCAUUGGAGGACAUGUUGUUCUUAGGAAUAUUCCUUGUGGAUCAAAAGUUAUCAGAUGCAACAAGCUUUGUGGCAAGACCAGGCAGUGUGGUUUACAUGCAUGUGGGAGAACGUGUCACCCAGCACCAUGUGAUGCAUCAUCUGGAGCUGAACCAGGUUUUUGGGCCUCUUGUGGGCAGAUAUGCGGGGCAUCUCGGCGAGACUGCAGGCAUACAUGUACUGCACCUUGUCAUCCCUCUGCACCUUGUCCUGAUGUAAGGUGUGAUUUUCGAGUUACAAUCACAUGUUCUUGUGGCCGGCUUACUGCAACUGUUCCUUGUGAUGCUGGUGGUUGUAUUGGUGGUUUCAAUGCUGAUACAGUUUUUGAAGCUUGUAUUAUCCAAAAAUUGCCCUCACCCCUUCAACCAGUGGAGACAACAGGAAAAAAGGUUCCUCUUGGACAGAGGAAGCUUAUGUGUGAUGAUGAAUGUGCUAAGUUGGAGCGUAAACGGGUUCUUGUAGAUGCGUUUGAUAUUGCUAACCCCAACUUGGAUGCUCUUCAUUUUGGUGAGAAUUCUGUUACAUCAGAGUUGAUUUUUGACCUAUACAGGCGUGAUCCAAAGUGGGUUCUAGCUGUGGAGGAGAGAUGCAAGUUUUUGGUACUUGGCAAGCACAGAGGAACAACAACAGGACUGAAGGUUCAUGUGUUCUGCCCAAUGCUGAAGGAUAAGAGAGAUGCUGUCAGUAUAAUAGCAGAAAGAUGGAAGCUUGCUAUUAGUGCUGCUGGUUGGGAGCCCAAGCGUUUUAUUGUGGUUCAUGUUACUCCCAAAUCCAAACCACCAGGUCGUAUCAUUGGAAGUAAAGGGUCGACUGGUACUGGAACAGUACAUCCUCCUGUUUUGGAUGCCCUUGUGGACAUGAAUCCAAGGCUUGUUGUUUCUUUCCUGGAUUUGCCCCGAGAAGCAGAUAUAAGUGCAUUGGUGUUGAGGUUUGGUGGGGAGUGUGAACUUGUUUGGUUGAAUGACAAGAAUGCAUUGGCUGUAUUUAGUGAUCCUGCUCGAGCUGCAACGGCUAUGAGGAGAUUGGAUCAUGGAUCAAUUUAUACAGGGGCUGCUACCUUUGUUCAGAGUGGUGGGGCGUCAGCUGUUAAUAAUGCUUGGGGUGGAACAGUGCCUAGUUCUGCUUUAAGGGCAAAUCCGUGGAAGAAGCCUGUGACAUGGGGUGGUGAUGAGGCACCUGAUGGUACUUCAGAUCUGGGCUCUGCAUGGAAAGGCAAGGAUGCUCCAAUUGCUGCUGCUUCAAUUAACCACUGGAGUGUUCUCGACUCUGAAACAGGUGUGAGCUCAUCUUCUGGAGUAGCUCGAUCUGAAGAUCCUUCAAAGCUGGCUAUUAUGGAUUCAAAUGCCACUGCCAAUUCAAAUUCAGCUGGCGUGAUGGGUGGCGUUUUAAAUGAAACAGAAUCAUCAGAGGUUGUAGAUGAUUGGGAAAAGUCUUAUGAAUGAGAGAGAGGACAGAGAUAUACCUAAAACAUUAUUGUUAAAGAUGGAUUUUGCCCAUUUUCAUUUACAAAUGGUUGGAAAAACUUGAGUUUUUUUUCUUCUUUUCUUUUCCAGUUUACACUAUUCCUGAUAUUAUCAUGUAGGUGUUAUGAUCUUUCUAUUCUUUUUCCUUCUUGCCAAGGCAAUGUCCCUUUGGCUGUAAUGUUGAAUUUUUGUUGCCUUUGAGAAGCAGCUUAAUAUACAACCAUUUCGUCUGUUGACUGCCAA